GAAAAUGAAUUAUAUGAAGCCUUGUUAUGCAACGUGCUCGACCAAAUUCCCAGCUCGUGUAACGCGCUUUCAGCUUUUCUAUCUCUGUCCACGACCUGCACAAGUGUUUGCUCGUUAAAGGUCUUUGCGGUUUCAUUACGUGCUAUCAAGCCAGGUUGCAAGACGUCGUUACAGCUGUCUUCUAGCCUUGAUGGGCUCUGCAAACGCACAGCGCAAGGGCGUUUGGGAGCCCUUGCCUCUCAUCGUCUAUGGCUAUGCCGUCCAUCCACUAUCGCCCUCCAAACGCGACACCAGGCUAUCAAGUCGUCGCCCCAUGUCGACUAUUACAGAGGGCUCCACAGACGAGAGUGGUGUGCACAGGGAUGUGGUCUCCCUCGAAGUUGGCGAUGAGGUCUAUGCUUUCGAAAAGUAUACCCCAAGAGGAAACCAAGCGGAUGGCAUAUGGUACAGAGGCUACGUAGUCUGCACUGCCCGCCUUCCACCGGUCACCUGGUCUACUUCCUCUGACCCAACUUCGUCUUCAUCCGCCAAACCAGUCAAAACCGAGGAACCGCAACAGGUUUUCAUUGGCAUAUUUCCUGCGUCCCAUAUCUUUGUCCGUGAUGAGCUCUCAGAUGCCGAAGGACGCCUGCCAGACCUCGUCACAUCCCUUACAACCAGCUCCUCGAACCACAACGGGUCAGUAACUAGUGCAGACUACCUUGCACAAUGGAAGCGUGAGCGUGCAAACUCAGGCCCAGAACCCCCUCGCGAGCACAGAGAAAGAGAUCGGGAAGUCAGAGAACUGACAUAUGACGACGAACGCAAAUCAUUCAAACUUGGGCCCCCACCAGACCAGGCCAAGUCCACUCGCGCUGCGCUUGUCGUAUAUCCCGCGAGCAUACACUCCGUGCCAGAUUCCGAGAACGCGAAGCCCCUCCCUCCACGUCCAUCUCUAAAGUCAGGUGAUGAUACAGCCUCUGGCGCGGUGCAGCCCAUCAUCGACGAGAUCGCUAGUGCCCUUCGAGAAUGGCAUAGCAUGAUGUUCCAGUACCUCGCAAGGCGGGAUUACAAGCUCUUUCAUACGGUUCGCGAGCAUAUUGAAGCGCUCCACCUUGGACGAAGACAGCUACUUGCGCAAACAUUGAGUGCAGAGGAGACGGUUAGUCUGAGGAGGGAUUGCGUUGCGCGCUUGGUGAGCGGUAAUGUGGUGCAGGAUCUCGAUAUAAUCGUUCGCCAUCCGACAUGGGGUGCGCUAGUGACAGUGGAUGUAGAGGGCGAGAUCGAUCCUCGCAGCUGGGUCAGCGCUGUGCGGAUGUAUGCCAUGCAAACUUCUCUCGCAUAUAUCAAUGUGCCUAUAGACAACUCAUCCAAGCUUACCAUCGGACCUUCCGAAUUCUCCACGAUACCCAUACCCACUCCUGCACAUUCUGCAUUCCCCGAUAUAUCCCGAAACAAAACCAUCUCUCGGCAGGUCGGUUCCCUGGGUCCAUACCAGCCUGAGAAGCCGACUGCAGCUAAAUUCUACCACAUUUUCCUCGACCUCCGCGCUUUUGUUGCAACUCCCUGUGCACCAGGCGAGACGGCCGAGCUUUUCUUUUCGGUCUACAAGCACUCCGAAUUCCCGCGGUUCGUUACCGAAGACUGCUGCAUCGUACUUAAUCACAACGGAGUGCUGUCACGCGACCCCAACGCCCGCAUUCGCACACUCUUUACUGAUAUCGCACAGUCGGAUGCGCAGGACCCGCUAUUCCUGGUCUGUCGUAUCGUGCGGAACGGCGCACUUAAGAUGAAUAACACGAUGGGAUCAGGUGCCCCGGGUGAGGGCGGGCGCAGGCCAUCUGAAGCAUCGCUGUCUGAUAUCCCGUUGACACCCUCCCGUACGACUCUAAUGUCGGAACUCCCGAUGAACUUCCGUAGGCCGUUUGGUUGCGCAGUGCUCGAGUUAUCACAGCUCACGAAGAUGAUGGUCGACGGUACGGAUGUGAGCCCGAUGAAGGAGCACUGCAUGCCGAUCUUCGUGCCUACCAACGAAGCACUUUUCUCGAUGUUACAUCAGGACAUCAUCGCAAAUAACGUGAAGGAGUUCGAGAAGUCGCCAAGGGCUGAGAUGCUUGCUGUUUCUGUGAAAAUAUUCCAUGGUGACUCAUCUACUGUUAUCAGAGAGAAUAUGUCUCUUCUGCAAGACAUUCCGUUGACCCUCCGACUUGGAUUCCCGGAUGUGGUGUUUCCUGGAGACGUGCGCAACGAGCUCUACAUCAAGUUGUGGACAGGAGAUUUCCCAUCCUCCCCCAGCGGUUCCGCCCGACUCAGCAUGGUCAAUUUCACGCGUCCUGGUCCAGUGUCCCAAAACGCUCAAGUGUCGAUCGAAGUCAGAGAUCAAGAAGGUCGCACCAUUGAGAAUGCCAUCUCUCUGGGUAGUGGCGAGCCCAGCGUGACUCAGUUCCAUUCAAUGGUCUUCAUGCGCAACAAUCAGCCCACAUUCGGCGAGCUCAUCAAACUCCAGCUUCCACUUCGCGGUAUUCCCAACUGGCAUUUAUUCUUUACAUUCCGGAACCGCUCUGGACGAGGGCUCAAUGCGGAUAAGCCGUUCGCGUUUGCAUUCCAGCCACUCUUUCCCGGUCAAGGGGCGUUUUUGGAGGAUGGCAUCACGACGGACAUGUACCUCGCGUCGUCACCGUGGGUACUCCCUGGACAGCGCCCUGAGCAAGUUUCUGUAUCGCCAGAUCUGCUGAAGCUGGCUUCGCCCAUGAGGGACACCGUCAUCAUACGGUCAUCUCUCUGUUCCACUAAGUUUACACAGAACCCUGUGCUUAUGAGUUUGCUUAACUGGGAGCAAAUAAAUGACAAGGAGCUGCUGCAGACUGUCCUCAGCAAGUUUACCUUUGUGGGCGAAGGAGAAAUCGUCAAAUUUCUUAGGGACAUCUUCGAUUCGCUCUUCGGUAUCAUGGAGUCGCAGAACAACCAGGCCGGUGAGAUGGACCACCUCGUCUUCAGUGCCCUGGUAACUGUCCUCGGUAUCGUGCAAGAUCGUCGAUUCAGCAAUUUCCAGCCCGUCUUGGAUGUCUACAUUGAGCAGCAUUUCAACUGCGCUGCAGCUUCUUCGCACAUGAUCCGCUCGAUGGACCGUCUGCUCCGGAAUCCGACUGAUAAUGAUGCAGCCUCGCCUUUACGCGCAGCGCUAAAGGUUUGGCAUUAUAUCUUCAAGUUUAUCACGCGCGCACGAGAACUUCAGAAGAGCACUGAGCUGGGUAUGGGUGACGGAGCAACCGCCGAGCACUUGGAGACGAUGUUCAAGAAAGAAAUUCGUUGUCAUCUCAUUGAAGUUAACAAGAUGAUGGCAACUACGUCACCAGCGUCUAUCAUUGGCACACAGACCAUUGCAUUGCAGCAUUUUACGUCCAUCCUUCCAGAACUUGCCAAGAUCAUCCCCACCAUCGAGCUUGUGACGGUCACUACGAACUUUGUCAAUGCCAGCUCGACUGGCAAGGGCAAAAUUAUCAUAUGGCGAUUGAUCAUGUACUUGCAGAUCGUCAAGGGUUUCUUGUUCGAUAACCCCAACUCACGGUCAUUGCUCGUUCAAGCUGUCGUUAUGUGGAUCAAGCCUCACUUCGGCCGAUAUGAUGAAUUCACGCAGACCGCCACGGCGGAUUCCGAUGGCGUGCGUGAUGGAGCGAGAGUGAGCUGGUUGGAGUCUAUCCGGCUUUGUGUGACAAUUCUUGCGGUGAUGCUGGACAAAUUGCAGCUGCAGUUGGUAUCGUCAUCGGUUAUGGCGGAUCGCAAUUUGUUCAGGCAGGAGCAGGAGAACAUCGAGUAUAUACUUAUGCUCAUGCCGAGGCUUCUUGACUCUUAUCGCGAGUUCCAGAAUCCGGCUAAUCACCGUGCCGUGGAACGGACGCGGACGCGUACUCCAACCACAACGACUGCCGCAGUACCUGUCACAUUCCCGGAAUCUUAUCCAUUUUCUCUGAUGGCUUUAUUGCCUAAUGCCCCCCGGAAUGCUACCAGCACAUCGCUGACGCACGAAGACAACUUGGUCUUCAACCCUGGCUUGGGUGAGACAGCCAUAGUCCUCCUUUCCCUUCUGCUCUCGGCUCCGACGAAGCACAUCUACAACUUUUUGGAGUCUAGCUAUGACAUUGAAGGGAAAGAAAACUUUGCCAUUCUGCUGACGCAGUUUUUCAAGGUUGCGACAUCUAUACUAGAGAAUGAUGCCUUCCCGAGCAACUGGCUGAAUGUGAACAUCCUAACACACAAGGUGUUGAUCAAGAUGAUGGAUCCUGUUGCCACGCUUCUCAAGCGGAUUUUCAUACCCCCACCGUCGGCAUCGCAUCAGUUUAAGGCGGAGCUGUGGAAGGACGCUUUCUUCAUGUUGCUGAAGCUUUUAUCAUCCGAGCAGCUUGUAAUCGAAGAUUUUAGUCCACAGAAACGGCGUGCUGUAUGGCGUUUGGGCGGCGAUAUUCGAGGUGAAGGUGCGGACAUACUGCUGCGACUAUGGGAAGCCCUUGCCUGGCCGGAACCUACAGAAUCCAGCUCGGUCUCUCAAGGGGGCUACCAAGCAGUGCUGAGCUCAUUGAUCGGGUACAUCGUGAACCUCUGUCUCAGUCACCACGACCAACUACGAAACAAUGCAGUCGGGAUCCUGUUCGGCAUGAUCAUUUCAGAAUAUCAUCAAUACGGCCACUUUGACCAGAUCGAGACCGAACUGGUCAGGAAGCUAGAUUCCCUCUUCAUGUCCCAGUCCAAGGGCGAUGAUAUCUCUCGCGUAUUCUUCAUUGCACAACUGCGGCACCUAUUCGAGUCGUCCGAGGUCGACGAUCAACUGAGGGAGCGCGUCUCUGCUUUCCUUGACUCGGUGGAUGCCUUCCUCAAGCUCCUGCUUAACGUUCGCAGCCUACCUGAGGGCGAAGAGUUUGCUGAUGACCGUGUGAUUGCCACGCUGCGCCUGAUGAACUUCAUCCGCGACAUUGGCAGGGAAGAGAUGUACAUCAAAUACGUGCACCAGUUGGUCAAUGCCCACCUACAAUCACAAAAUUAUGUGGAAGCUGCGUUGACUCUAAAGCUCCAUUCUGAUUUACAUAAUUGGGAUCUCUACUCGUUCGUUGGACCUAUGGAGGACCUCGGGCUGCCUCAACAAUCUCACUUCCAUCGGAAGGAGACCCUGUGCUUAUUGAUUUUGGAUUACUUGGGCAAAGGCAAGGCAUAUGAGAGCGCAAUUGAAAUCUGUAAAGAGCUGGCAAAUCAGCACGCCGAGGUCACAUUCAACUAUGCGCGGCUGGCAGAAUUAUUGCGUCAUCAAGCUGCAUUGUUCGAGCAUAUCAUCACAGAUCAACGUUACUACUCCGACUAUUUCCGAGUGGUAUUCUAUGGAGACUUCCCUGACGCCUUGAGGAAUAAACAAUUCAUUUACCGUGGAUAUGAAUGGGAGAAAUUUGGCACAUUCUGCGAACGGCUGCUUAACAAACACCCGGGUGCUCAGUUGCUGAAGAGUGAUCCUACAGCGGAUCAGCGAUUUGGAAACGAUCAGUACAUCCAAUGUACUGCUGUGACUCCCGAGCCAGACCGAUCCCUUCCUAUUUUCACCAGUCCCGAUGUCCCACUAGCCAUUCGCAAUUACUACGAACACAGUGCCAUCAAUGUCUUCAGCUCUACUAAGCAAAUAACGAAAUUUGACCGCGAUGGCAAUGAGGAGAUCUGGUUGGAGAAGACGUCCUUCACUACCGAACAAGUCUUUCCCACAGUUCUAAGGAGAUCGGACAUUACAGAAUGGGAAGUAGCCGAAAUAUCACCUGUCGAAAAUGCUCUCCAUGAGGUCGAGCAAAGGAGUAGGGAACUGGCAUCAUUCCAUCUGCGAUAUGCGGCUCUUGCCAAAACUGCUCAGGUGUUUUCAACGAACGCUCUUUCUAUGAGCCUCAAUGGAGCCGUCGAUCCGCCUGUGGAUGGUCUACCGGUUUAUCGUGAAAUAUUCUUUGAUCCUACGUACUCUACCAAGCACCCUGAUAGAGUGGAAAUGAUCGACCGUCUCAGAGUCGCGAUAGAUGAACAGGUGCGGGUGACGGAUAGCUGCCUGAAAUUACACGGUCAAAUCUGUCCACAAGAGAUGUUACGGUUCCAUCAAACCUUGGAAGAGCUCUUCAGGAAAAACUUUGCCGAAGAAAUCCGGCGUAUAUCCGCAGAAAACGGUUUCCAACAUUUCCCACAAUCAGCCGCCUCAAUACGGAUUCAUGACCAAAGCUCGUCGUGUGACGAUCGUUCUCGUCAACGAUCGCUGUCAGACUCAUCAGGGCGACCGUCCUUUGGAUUCCCUCUUUCAGUUAGCGGCUCAUCCAUGAGCCCUCAACCAAUUUCACCUCUAUCAUCGCGUCCCCCACUCUCUCAUCAUUAUGAAGGCGCCAAGCGCACCCCGUUGCAGAUGCACGCCGCACACGUUGCCCGUCACGGUAUAAACGGAGUGUUGACUGGCUGGCGAGAUGCUCCAAGUGAUACUACCACAGGCUCUCCACGGGAUUCAUUGAUCACGGUCGGAAACACAGGCCCAGCACACUCUGGCGCCUCCGUGGCGAUAUCGACUAUAGGCAGUGUGAAUUCUAUCAAAGGGCGCUUAUCAUCGCGAUUCGGUAGCUUUACGCGCAGUCGUCGAGGUUGAUACUGGUUUAGUUGUUGUAUCCUCUAGUUUCCUACUUUCAUUCCUGGAUUAUCUACAUGUCAAACUUGUUUGAUUCCUGCUAUUCUUCGUUUUCGCUGACACUUAUUUUUCGUAGUUCGCUGUUCCUAUUGAAUACAUUUACAUUGAUACCCCAAUGGAUUACAUGCCAAUACAGUACAUAGGGACAACUAGGAGAGGUAUAACGCUAAUUACAAUGGGCCAUACAAAUAUCAAAACGCGGCUCUCCGGAU